GCUCAAUUACUCCAUUAAACUGCGAUAUCAGUCAAAUAUAUCCGACAGCGACGACGUAGAAGUAGUUCUUUAUCUGCUUUAUUCCUAGUACGACGCAUCACCUCAAGCAUACGACCUCAUUCAUAUUCCACAAAAUUUUUCGUAACGUCAAAAUUCCACCUUUUAUAAAGCAAUCAAACCCAUUGGUCCGACGCUGCAUCCGGGUGGAGACGAGCUGCGCAGCUGCUUCGACUAGUUCAACCCGAACAGCACCCUUCACCGUCGCCUCCGACGCGGAAGGAGAAAUAAACCAAAACACAUUAUCAACAACCGCCCGCAAGCGCAAAAUGCCGGCGUCCGCGAAAGCGAUGCAGGUUGCGGGGUCUGACGCCGCCGUCGAACCGGUGUCGGUGGAGGAAACGAAGAAGCAGGGAUCCGCGCGACGGGACCGGCUGGUAGAACUGCAACGACGAGCGCAGGACGCAUGGAUGCACGAUGUGGCGUACGAGGUAAAUUAUUUUUGUACGAACAGCCUUUGAAGAACGAACCCGGAAGUUGUGGGGAAGAACUGCUGUCGAUGCAUCCUUUUGCAUGUUUUAAGGAGUGUUUCAGUUUCCGAAGAAUUUCUUCUUUGUCGUAUGUCCGAAUGAAUACGUGCACGACCUCCGAUGCCGAAUGAAUUAUCCAACAUCUAUCAGGUCGACGCCCCCAGGCAAGGCGCUUUGACGAAAGAGGGCGAAGUGAAAAGUUCGAAGGACAAGGGGAAAUGGCUCGUCACCUUCCCAUAUAAAAUGCAAAAAUGUCUGGGUCUGGAAACUUGUGAUGCUAAAAUGUGACUGGUGGGCGGACUGCAAUAAGCAGCCAAGCAUGACAAAUUUUUCAACUACUGCUGUGUUUCGUUUUCCGCAUGGCAAAUUGCGUCUUUGCAUGACAGGCAGAAAGCCAAAAACCGGCAGAAAAUGGGGCCACGGAAGAGCUCUUGCUGGACAUUACCAACAUUUGUCCAUGCAGAGCCGUCCUCUUGCCGGACACAACCAACACCUGUCCGAAACAGCCUAGGGCCAAGACGACACCGUGAGGACGACCACAGGGGGUUCGUCUCAAUGAUGAUGAUGAUGACAGGCAAGAGGCCACUUUCCUGCUCAUGCAUUACAGAUUUAUGAGCCAUGCCAGACAAGCAUGACAAAGCUGCAUUCUUCCAGACCCAGAUAUUUUUGCAGUUGAUAUCCCAUAUCCCUACAUGAACGGGCGGCUGCACUUGGGACACGCGUUUUCCCUGACCAAAGCCGAGUUUUCCGCGCGGUUUCGGGCUCUGGAGGGCAGAAAAGUCCUCUUCCCCUUCGGCUUCCACUGCACCGGUAUGCCGAUCUGCGCUGCGGCACACAAGUUGGCUAAGGUACUGUUAUAUGCAUGUUGGAGUUAGAGUUUUAGUUUUGCAUUUCGUUAUACGUUUUCGAUACCUAGUACAACAGCAGGCCCACUUCAUCUGUUCCUAACAAAAAGUUCAAACCUUUUUGUCUUGGAUGAAAAACAAAAACUUCCGUCCACCUUGAUCGCAAAUCAAUCUUCCCCUAUCACCAGCAACUGAAAGAAGAGCAAGAGGACGCAGCGGAGGAAGCCGUCGCGCCAGAACAGCAGUCCCAGGACGCGGAUGCCCCCACCGCCCCGGGCCAGUUCAAAACGAAGAAGACCAAAGCGGUUGCGAAGACCGGUGGCAAGCCCGUUGCGGAGGUGUUGAAGUCUUGCGGCGUUGCUGACCAUUUAAUUACCAAUUUCAUCGACCCGAAAUACUGGUUGGAGUACUUCCCGCCCUACGGUAUCGCGGACCUGCAAACCUUCGGUUUAAGGACAGACUGGAGACGGUCGUUCAUCACAACCGACGCAAAUCCCUACUACGACGCCUUCAUCCGGUGGCAGUUCAACAUUCUGAAGAAGGAAAACUACAUCAAAUUCGGCACCAGGGAAUCCAUAUCCUUUGCAAAAGUAUCGUAUUCGUAUGAAUGCAUUACAAAUUUCCUUAGCAUGAGAAAUGAAAUUUGCAAUGCGGAUUUGACUUAAGAAGAAAAUUUGUAAUGCAUGACUGCAAUACGAGUACGAUGCUUUUGCAAUGCAUAAUCCAUCUUCGACCCGGUGUCCGACCAGCCGUGCGCGGACCACGACCGCGCCAGCGGGGAGGGCGUCGGCUAUGCAUUACAAAUGACUUAGUGCUCGUAUAAAUGCAUUACAAAUUUCCUAUAGCAUGAGAAAUAAAAUUUGUAAUGCGGAUUUGACUUAAGAAGAAAAUUUGUAAUGCAUGACUGCAAUAGUACGUCGAGUGCGAUCCUUUUGCAAUGCAUAUCGGCCCGCAGGAGUACACGUUGAUCAAAAUGGAAGUCUAUCAAAUGCGAAAGUGUCUGGGUCGAGGACGAGGAUGCAACUUGCCAUGCUAUCUUUGGAUUCCAAAAAAAAUCUGUAUUGCGUACAGGGCAAGAGGAGUCCAGUUUAUGCUACGCGGAGAGGGUAUAAUUCCUCAUGCGGUAUAGGCAUCAGGAAGCCCUCGCAAAAUUUCUGAUGCUAGGUCAUGCAUUACAGGCAUCAUCGUUCAUGCAAAAUGUGCAUGACAAGUGUUCCAAUCUUCCACACCCAGACAUUUUUGCAUCUGAUAAAGUCCUCGACGCGCCGGCUGCGUGGAGAGAAACCAUCAGUAAAUACACCGGCACGGCAAACGCGGAGCAGAAAAUUUUCCUGGUCGCCGCCACGUUGCGUGCGGAAACCAUGUGCGGGCAGACCAACUGCUUUGUGCUGCCGGAGGGGGAGUACCACGUCGUGCAGGCGAAGAACAACGAGAUUUUCGUCUGCGGGGGACGAAGUGCGAGAAAUCUGGUGUACCAGGAAUCCGCGGUUGCUGCGUCGUUUGACUCGGAGUUUGUGAAGCAGGUAUAGGAGACGAUGUAGUUUGGAAGGUAGUUUGGGUUAUGCCAUAGUACCACGUAAAGAACGUUUUUUUCUGUUUACCUCACUUGCGGCACAACAGCUUCUGCUUGCAUGUACUGACACCAGGCGAGAUUAGAUACAUGAGAGGUGGUAAUGGGGAAAAUAAAAACUGAGUGUGAGAAAAGGUGUAGAAAUAUCUUCGUUCGUUGCGGCACAACAGCUUCUGCUUGCAUGUCGAACAGCAAUACAGAAAAUUUGCAAGUAAGCAAUUCUACACAUGCAUUAUCGAUUGCCAGGUCCUCCAACCCGACACCAACGCCGCUUCAAAGCAAUUGAUCGAAAGCAUCCAAACCGACGACGCCCUCGCUAUGAAAUGCAAAUAUGUCUGGGUCUGGAAACUUGUGAUGCUGGGUGGCGUAUCAUGAGGAGGCCACAAGUGCUGGCUCAGCAUGGCAAGCUUCUGACCUUCUAGGUGUUGCCUACUCUGCAUGACAGACUGCGUUUCUGCAUGACAGAAAAGUCGGGUUCUUGGGUAACGUGCAUGACAGAUUUAAGAGUCAGGCCAGACAAGCAUGACAAACCUGGCACUUUUCCAGACCCAGACAUUUUUGCAUUUGAUACUCGCCUUGUACAAGCAAAAACCGCUCACCUACUUCACCGCCAUGGGUAAGGAGAUGAUCGGGCUGAAGGUGAAGGCCCCGCUCACGCCCUACGAGUACGUGCACGUGUUACCGCUCUUCUCCAUCCUGAUGAACAAGGGAACGGGGGUGGUCACCUCCGUGCCCGCGGAUGCACCUGAUGACUACGCGGCGCUGAUGGACUGGAAAACGAAGGCAAAACUCCGCGACCAGUGGGGCGUGAAGGAGGAGUGGGUGGCGGGCUUUAACGUGAUCAACGUGAUCAACACGCCUGAUUACGGGGACGCGUGCGCACCGGUGCUGUGCAAGCAGUACAAGGUGGAAUCGCAAAAAGACAAGGAUAAGCUGAAACUGUGCAAGGAAGAAGCCUACAAAAAGGGCUUCUACUCAGGUAUGAAAUCAGGGUUUAGGAUUUUAGAUAAGAUUUUCGCUAUUACUAUUUUAUUUGGUGCAUUUUAAUUUAUUUUGUUCCACAGGAAGAGAAGUCUGGCCGCAGAUCACGUAGUACCGAUUCUUGUUGACCAGUCAUCUUGCAUGCCACGACAUUGAUUUCGAGUCACGAUGAUAUAUAGAAAACCUCUCGCUGUCAUCAACAUCUUCUAGGUAAAAUGAUCGCGGGUCCGUUCAAGGGCAUGGCCGUCGCGGAUGCAAAGAAAAAGACCGCGGAACUCCUGGUGUCUACCAACGAAUAUGCAUUCCAAAAGUAUCGUACUAGUAUAAAUCGCAAUACAAAUUUUUCCAGAAGGAAAAAUGGAAUUUGUAAUGCUGAUUUCGCUAAGAAACAAGAUUUGUCAUGCAUGAUUGCAAUUACUACGAAACGAGUACGAUACUUUUGCACAGGAUAACGAGGCUCUGAAAUACUGGGAACCGGAAAAGGAAGUGCUCGCCAGAACCGGCGCGGAGUGCAUCGUUGCGUUCUGCGACCAGUGGUUCAUUGACUACGGAAAUGAGGAGUGGACCAAGGUGGUCCGGGAGUACGUCGCGGACGAGAGCCAGUUUGAAAGUAUAAAUAUGAUGAAAAUCGAAAUCUUUUUGCUCUAUUUACUGAUUUUUGUAUUGCAGAAGUAGGAAUACAUACGAUGUUGUACUCCCUGCUAAUAUAAAAAUCCGUUGAAUUCAAACAAAACGCACGACAAAAUGUACGAGAAUGAUUCAACAAGUAACUUGCCUACGAAACAACAGCUUACGGCGAGGGUACCCGCAACGGCUUAUUAAAGACCGUCGAUUGGAUGAGGGAGUGGGCCUGCUCCCGAACCUUCGGUCUGGGUACAAAACUCCCCUGGGACCAGCAGUGGCUGAUCGAAUCGCUCUCGGAUUCUACCAUCUACAUGGCCUACUACGCGAUUGCGCACCUGCUCCAGGGCGGCAUCCUGAAUGGCAUGAAACCGAACGGCGGGCAGGUCGGCACGGAGAGCUUCAUUCCGCCCGGGCCCUUAAGAAUUAAGCCGGAGCAGUUGACGGAUGAAGUUUUCGAUUACGUUUUCGAUCGAACGGAUUCGCUCCCAACAGAAACUUCCUUACCCGAUUCCGUCCUGCAGGAGUUGCGAAACGAGUUCCAGUACUGGUACCCCGUGGACAUCCGCUGCUCCGGCAAGGACUUGAUUCAGAACCACUUAACCAUGUCUCUGUUCAACCACGCCGCGAUUUGGAAAAACAAGCCGCAGUACUGGCCGAAAUCUUUCUUCGCCAACGGACACGUGUUAGUCGAUAACAAAAAGAUGUCCAAGUCCGAGGGGAAUUUCAUGACGCUCCAAGACGCGGACGACAUGUUUUCCUCCGACGUGGUGCGCCUCACCUGCGCCGACGCGGGCGACACUUUAGAAGACGCGAAUUACAGCCGGGAGAUCUCUAACCAAACGGUGCUGCGCAUGACGACGUUAGAACAGUGGGCGUUGGAAACUUUAAAGAAGCUAUCUGCGGGUGGCCGAACCGAAAAGUUGUUCCUGGAUCAGGUUUUCGAGAACGAGAUGUGCUCUUUGGUGGCCAAGUCCUUCGAGGCGUACGAGACCAUGCGGUACAAAGACGCGCUGAAGUAUUCGUGGUACGAAAUGGAAAACCUCAGGAAAACCUACUGCAACCUGACGGAUGACGACGUGCACCCGCAAUGUAUACUACUUCAUCUUACACUUUCCUUCAUAGAAGCUCUCUGUGUCCUCUGUCGAGAGUUUUCUCCAUGUACAACAUGCGUUACAGGCCAUUUACUUUUGCUUUCCAGUUUCUGAUGCAUAAAGCAAGUGCUUAAGUACAACAACAUGCCUGUCGUGCUGCGAGGGGCAACAGCUCGUUACUCGUCGCAUUGUUUCAACACAGAAGAUUUUUUUCGCUUUUAUCAGUUAAACUAAGACAUCAAAUCAGCCAUCACCAAGUUUCUGGAGAUCCAAGCCUUGAUCCUGUCCCCGAUCGCGCCACACUUCUGCGAGAACCUGUGGGUCUCCGUAUCCUCAGCAAAAACGUCCCCACCCCAGAGUUGUGAUGCAAAUGUGCAAAGACAGCAACAUUUGUAAUGCGCAUCUCCAUGAGAGGUAUUCGUAUUCCCAAUCGUGAUUUGGCAUUUGUAAUGCUGUAAAGAGGAUGAGAAAUUGGCUUUCUCAUGCGGCCUGCCUUGCUAAGCACCACUAUGCUACAGACGGAGACUUGUCAUGCACAACUCCCAAGGCUUGGCGAUUUGUGUUGCAGAUUUACCAACUUGAGCAUGGGGCGGGGACGUUUUUGCUCAGGAUAGUCCGUUUUGAAGAAGCGGGACCCGUUGUGGAAGCAGCGGUGGCCGGUGAUGCCCGCGUUCGACAAGGUUCUGCACCGGAAAUUUGAAGUGUUGGAAAAGGACCUCCGCGAGUUCCGCAUGGCGAAACUGAACCUCCAGAACGAAAAGAAAAAGAAGCAGAAGGACUGGAUAUUACAAUGAAAAAUGUCCCCACCCCGUAAUUUACAGAAGUUUCUCAUGCAAAGUUUCCAAAUGAAAUGUUUUGUCUUGCAUGAAAGAAGAAGGACUGCGAGCCUUUCUGAUGCAGAAUCUAGUUGCGCAAGGUAUCUUCUGCAUAACAGAUCCCCCUGCUGUUGGACUCCUUUGCAACACAAGUUUCAGCUUUUCAUCAGCAUGGAAAACUUGUGAUGCUGAGAUAUGCAAGACGGGGAGUGUUUCCAUUGGAAAGGUUUGCAAUACAAAUGCUGCCAAGUUCCGGGAUGGGGGCAUUUUUCAUUGUAAUACUGGAACUUCGACGACGUGGUGAAAUCCGCUUGUGUGUAUGUCGCGUUGGAAUACAAACCGUGGCAAAGGAGCAUUCUGGAGUACUGAUAUUCAUAAAGAGAUUUCAUUGUAGUGUGGAUGCCGUCUGUGUUUCUAUAAAGCCCGAAAAUUUGAUGUAGCAAUCUCAAUCAGAUGCACUGCGAGCAUGACCGCAAACGGUUCAUCAUGAAGAUGAUUAAGACACUUAUCCCGAAUAUUAAACUACUAUCAGGUACUGCCAAACCGUUCCACUAAACGAGGCUGGCAACGCUCCGGCCGACCCAAAGAACUGGAUCCGGGGGCUGCAGCAGUCCGAGGCGUUUAAGUCGUUUUCCAAGGAAGAAUAUGAGAGUGCACAACUCCCCCUCCCCCUCAUUUGUAUUGCAUGAACAGCAAUAUUUAUAAAUACAUGGAGCCGGUGCAUGACAAAUUCACGCACCUAGUGUAGUACUGUUUGGGCAGCUUCAUCCGGAACAAUCUGUCAUGCAAACAGUGCCACAGGGAAGCAAUUCGAUUUGGGAUUUUGCAUGAGAAAUGAGAAUGAGGGGGAGUUGUGCACUCUCAUAAAGAAUCCAAGAAGGCCAUGCCGUUUGCCAGCUUCAUGAUGAAGGACGAAAUGAGCGCGCGGGGAAAGGACGCAUUGGAACUGGAACUCCCCUUCAAUGAGGCCGACAUGCUGACAGAGCGGAUCGAACUGAUCAAGAAGCAGUUGGGCAUUUCCAGCAUCAGCUUUCGCUUCACCGCGGACGGGAAAAUUGACGGGGACAACUCGGAUAAGAUCAACGUCGCGCAACCCGCGAAGCCAACGAUUGUGUUUUUGGAAGCGUGAGUGAGUUGGAAGGACUUGUUCUCGAGGAUAUUACCGAUUUGACGAGAACUUCUACGCUCAAGCGCGAGCCACUUUCUUCCCGGGAACAUCAAAUCGGAGCAGUUUUUUAGUAAAAAUGCAGUUUGCAGCCCACGAGUAUAAUGAGUCAGUGUACUUCUUGAUGAUGGAGAAGGUCGAGGUCCGUUACGCAAAAAUGUACCUCGUGUAAACCGCGAAACAGCAACGAGUUUUUCGCAAGAACUCAUAGGCAGCAGCUACUCACCAGAAGGAAAUUGUAGCAGAUACUUCGCGAAUUUAAGCAGAUCCAAAAGUUGCCGCUUUUUAUCAUUUUGGCAUUGUGAGGACGAAGGUCAAGCCUUGAUCGUCAAGGUAGCAGGUCCAGGUGGCACUCCCCAUGACGUCCUGGCUGCAUGCUGGAGAAGCUUACCGCUGAAUUCGCUUGCGCGAGGGUUACGCACUCGCUUGGGCAAAUAGGGAUAUUAGAGAGGGCGACUGAGAAGGGCGGUCGGCCCCUCCAGCCAACAAAAUUCUGUAUUGCUGCCCCAGUUGCCCUCUGACCUGCUUCUAGUAUUUUUGUUGGAGCAGGCGCAUUCUUUAGCCUCACCAUGAUGGUGCUCCAUCUUCAUUUUUGCGCUAUGCAGCCUCACCUCGUGCGCCUGCGUUGCCUUGCCCCUGUUUUACGAUGUGGCGUCGCGUUUUCAGUCUUUACGGCGCAUUCGUAGAGGCACACGCGGCCGCUAGGAAGCAAAGCAGCCCGCCGCGACGUUUUUACUCGCGCGCGCCAAAGGUUUCGGCGCAGGGGUGUUGGCCGGGAAUAUAAAAAAAAACAGCUGGCGGCCGCGGCCGGAGCUCGGUGGCGACUCGCGAGAGACUAAGGGCAUGAGCAUGCGUGGGACACCGGCGCCACGACAAAGCCAACCAACGGGCUGUGUCUUUGUUUGAGGCGCGCCACGUUUCGCCCUACCUUUUUUCGUUGUGUUGUUUCUGGAAAAUCAAAACUCAUGGUCACGCGGCAACUUUUUGCCCCUGGCGGUGUAGGGGUCGACCUUCGUUGGAUGGAGUUAACUCUGCAGUAGUGGCGCCCGGUUUUCUUACAAGCUGCCGGCCGCCUUGUGCGAUGGAUCGGCGACGCACUCUCCCCUGCCCUCGCCAAGGCAGCCGCAGCUUCUCUGGCGCCGGGCAAUCUGCUUAAAUUAUUGAAGUAUCUGCUUCUACUACCUGAUACACAGUAGUUCUACUACCUGAUACACAGUAUAAACCGCGAAACAGCAACGAGUUUUUCGCAAGAACUCAUAGGCAGCAGCUAGUACACCAUACUACUUUUAGGAGCAGCAGCUUGUUGGUGCACCCGCACCGAUCCUAGUUGUCGACAACGGUAGUUGUAUCAUGUUGAAUUUUUACGCAUCAAACAUGAUUAUUUUCUGUCAUAGUGGUAAGUGUCACACAAAAUGAUUCUUUCUCAGCUGAUUACCUAUGGAGCGUUUUUCAUUCAUUUCGCGCAGUGCUGUCGAGAACGUAAAUGAAACAAAUGCACGGCAGUAGUAAAU